AUGUAUCAUACAGAUCUUGUGAAGCUAAUUUUACAGAGUGGGACUACUUUACGUCUUCAUGCAACUCCUAUUAGUCAAACAUUUAUUCGUUCUGAUGGACCAUAUCGUUCUUCUGAUCGUCUUGUACCACGUGUUACUUCAGCUCAUCUAUUGAAUAAUAAUAAUAAUAAUAAUAAUAAUAAUAAUAAUAAUAAUAAUAAUAAUGGUAAAAAUAAUUACACUAUAAGAUACUCAAAUCAAAUUCCAGAUAAACACACAUGUACAUCUUAUACACCAUUUAAUCCCUUGAUGAGUUGUCAUUCUAAUUCUCCCGAAAUAAUACCCAAAGAUAUUUCAUCACUACAUUUUGAUGGUAAAUCAUGUGCUUCCGUAUGUGCAUCAAAUAAUUCAAGGCACACCAAUGAAGUUGCUAAACGCAUAACUCGACGUUUGACAAUUAGAGAAGCGCGUCAUCGUCAUUUAAAUAAUGGAGCUUUCGAAUCUAAAGUUCAACAUAUACAACCAGAUGCCAAUUUAAAUUGUAUUCAUCAAUCAGACUCAAUGCCGAACAAUGCAUAUAUGGAUAAAUCGAAAAAUUGUUAUUCUCAGCCUGUAACAUGUUCUAAAGGAUCUGCUCAAACCUACGCUUCUGUUGCUGCUCAACGAUUUGGUAUUUCUCUAAGUCAAACCUCUACACACCCUAUAAGCUCUAACUCAAUUUCUAAAAAUAAAAUUACGUUUUUUCCACCACAUCGUAGAUCCCUUGAGAAACCUCUUAUUCGUCAGUUGAGCGAACGACAACAUCGAGCUAUGUUUUCCACGCCUGAUGAUAUGUCAUUAACCAACAGUCCCACAGUGUAUUCUCGUAAUAUAAUCCCAUACAGUUCACCUCAUCAAAGUCCUAGGUCUGAUCAUUUUCAGAAACAGAAUGUAUUCAGUUUUCAUAGACCAUCACUAACUGUCACUCCGGGUUUUUCUGGUUCUUCUUUCUCUUCUGGUUGGUGUUCAGGUGGAGAUUUAUCUUCACAUAGUUUUCCGGGUUCUGGUAGUUCAUCUUCUGCAUCAGUUCCUCGACCUUGUGAUUCUACUCAUUCAUCUUUAAAUCCAUUUCAACAGGGACGUUUUGGUAGCCUACGGGCCUCAUGUCAUUCGGCUAAUGAUUUCCUAAAUUCGAAUUUGGAUAAUUCAUCAAUGAAACUGACCGAUCCUAUUCGACAUGUUAAAAUUUCAAAUGAUACUCGAACCGGUCGUUCCGUUGUACCUAACGCGCAAAAUUUCAACAACAAUUUGUCUGCAUCAAUCCAAACUCCUGCUUUUACCCCGCCGCCACCACAGACUGCUAUUCAAAAGAUCGACUCAGAUAAAUUCUCAAUUCAAGCAAAUGCUUUAGUAUCAUCAGGUCAAGUUAAGCUACGUAGGCAUAGUCAUCGAUUUGCCGUUCAACAUGUAACUUCACCGAAAAGUCCAGCUGAAAUAUUCCGACGGUUUAUUCAACUAUCAUCCCGAUUGUUUGAGAUAGAAUCGAACAUAUUUAAAUACUGUGAUUGUUAUUUAUUUAUUUUUGAGUACCACUGGGAUUCGAAAUUAUACUCAUGGGGAAACUUGUUACGAUUUUUCAAUAUAAUUCAACUCUCCCGGUUAUUAUUGACUUGUUAA